GUUGACCCAGUGUUGGGUUGACACACGGUCAGUUCAGUCACUCGAGGCAUCACACACACAUCACUCUGUUUCUUUCUCUCUUUCCGUCUCUUAUUCUAUCGCGCCGCACAAUCGCCGUUGUCUCCGCCUUCCACUGAUUUUUUUAUCCGCGUGAAUUGUUGAAGGAGAGAAAAAGGAGGUCUCGCUCAAAUCCCCCGUUGAUCCUCCAGGUCAAUCCAGCGCAAUCCUCAGCACUGCCCUUUCAUACCUGUUUACUUCUCCUCCGAGCGAUACGAUUUUUUAUCCGAGAAAUUAUCGGACGGCGAGAUACGACCGCAAUCUAGUGCAUCAUCGUCGAGAGGGUUUACUUUUCGACGCUAAAAGAAGUAAAAAAAAACAGCAUUCGUUGACACGUCGUGUUAAUCAGUAGUUGUGUUCGUCACAUCUCUCACGCGUUAAGGGCGUAUUCCUUCUCGUCCUCCUGUCAUCGUCGGACGCGCGGAUCACUCGAAUCUCCCCGACAUACCGCCGAGACACGGACCAACUAAUGUGCAACGAGAAUCAGGCCUUAACAACAGUUAAUUCGCUCUGGAAGAAUAAAUCUUUUUUGACUUAGACGAUCGCGCUUGCCGUUGAGUGUCAAAAAUCCUCAGUAUCGUGAUACCGAACUGAAACCGGACUGAAUUAAUCGCCAGUGAUCAGCUGAGCUAAAAUCCGUUCUCGUACGUCGAUCGUGAAGAAGAAAGAUGUCAGAAACAACCGCUGUCACGCAGGGGAUAGGCAAUCCUUACAAGAUAGUCGAUCACACCAGGGAGCGAAGAAAGGGCAUCACUGCCUCGUCGCUGAAGGAGUUGACCAACAUCGCACGCAAUCGACUGGCAUUGCCCGUCGACGCAGAUCUAACCAUUGUGCUUGAACAGGAUGGAACAGAGGUGGACGACGAGGAAUAUUUUGCGACGUUAGAAAGGAACACGAGCUUGAUGGUGCUGCACGGUGAUCAAAAAUGGGUCGCUGCGGGUAGCAGCAAGACGCCGUCUCGUUACAUCGUCGUAGAUGACGUGGAUAACGUGGAGGGUGGUUCAAGAGUCGACAAGAUUCGACGACGGCGAACGCCCAUUGAGCCCCUGGUCUCAUCGUUGCACGGCGACCCGUCGCAUAUCUCGCUCUUGGGAGGAAAUGACUUGGAAUUACUUAGCGAUAUGGAUCCUGACAGUUUAGCCGACAUAGUGCCUGACCGACUCUUCCUCGAGCAGUUGAAGGAAGCUUCAGGUAGAUUCCUGGCGGAGAAACGGCAAGCGCAGGAAUCCAUGGCCCUCCUCCAGAUGUACGCGAGCGGUGGUGAGAUGGAGCGAGCGUAGGCCAUGUGGGGGGUGGGCGCCCUCACAUUGGCUAAUAUGUAUAGAAUACGACGUCGCAUAUUCUAUAAAGGUCGCCAACUGCAACAAACUCUGAUCCUGUUCUGGAAUUGAGCCCAUCGCUGUUUACAAAAACUGGAGUAACUAAGAGAACUACGAGCGUUAGUCGCUCAAGCUGAAUACAGCUGUAUUGGUGAGGAGGCCCAUACGUUAUCUCUCGCGUACGAAGAAUACGCAGAGACACUGUACAGAGACACGAAACACGAGUAGUUUACGUUCGCCCAACAAUUUAGUAUCGUAACAUUAAAUAAUACUAAUAUAAUAAAUGAUAAUAGUAAUAGGUUUCGCAUCUUAGAGGAAAUAGUAGCUCUAAGUUUUUUGUAGAAUUUUUUUAAUCUAUAUACACACGAUUCAGUGGCACAACUAUGCUUUGGCAAUACUUUACAUCCUUAGUGAGCGUACGGAAUUGCUUUAAUACCAUGUAAAAGAGAGACACCUGUAUCGGCAGAAAUAUAAAUGCGCAAUUUAGCUGCUAAUUUGUCUGAAUAAUGCAUAAGAGGGGAAGCCGCGUGAGUAACAUUUCCGAGUGGGUAUUCUGUCGCGAUAUUACGCCAUAUCAAGUCUUAGCGAAACGUGUUUUGUUUAUGAGAUUUUUGUACUUAGAUACGUCAUACCGAGAUUUGGUUCAACGAAGAUCGAUGGAAUAUUUAAGACUGAAUUUAUAGAGAAAACGAAAACCACCCCCCCCCCCCCAUUGAGAUCACCAAUUCAUUGUACACUAACAUUAGCAAUGUAAUAGCGACGAAAAAAAGUCGAUAUCAGCCCUUUGAUACCAAACAAAAUUGUGCUAUUUGAUAAAAAGAAGAGGAAAAAAAAAACCGUGGAAACCUGCUGCAAAGAAAGAACAUAGGGGUUUCUGACAAGACUAUGCAUACACGUAACUAGGUACUAAAUAUUACUCCGAUUUUAUGAUCACAUAAUCAACAAUUUAAACGAGCAAUGUAUCACACAUUUAUGUGUUCCUGGAAAGUCACGAAAAUCAAAGUACGAUACACACGAUCCAUUUUCUAAAACUGUAACGAAAGUGUAUGUCUAUUCUCCGCAGAAAUGCCCAGUAUCAAUAUCGUGACGUUCUUUAAUAUACAUAUAUAUGUAUAUAUAUAUUGUAUAUCUCGUAAUAUAAUUAUCACAUGCCUCUUGCGCAUUAUAAUCGCAUUACAUAUAUUUGUAUUAGAAUACCACCGCCGAGUGAAAUUUACGGCGGUGUAAAAGGCCGGCGAAACAACAACCGGUAUCGAACUACUUGCUAUCUGAUUGUAUGAUCAAAUGUAUUGUUAAAUAUAUCAGGCACAAUAUA